AGGCGUUUGAACACUCCGUAGUGCACUAGCUGCGCUCGUGAUGCGCGUUUGGCACCGGGCCGGAGAGGAACCCGCACGCAGCCGGUCAGCUUUCUCUUUAAAAAGUCUGUGACUUUCUCACAGCAGUACUGCGGCUCAGAGUUCGGGGGUGACCGUAAGAGCUAUUUUUAUAUGAAGGACCAAGAGAUUUUUCAGUCUGUAGGAACUUUUUAAAUGAAGCACUCCUCUAGAUUUCAGAGCCAAUCUUGAGUAGGGUAGGUGCGGAAUACAGGCGUGCUGUUGCGCUGUAAUCUGGGAUGAGUUCUGCGCGCCAGUAAAUCACGCCGGGUUUAUUCUGGGUGGAGUGUCAUCCCAUUUCAACCCGGAACAUGCUGCAAAAUGGAAAAACCAAACAAGAGCAGCCAGAGACGAAAUCAGAGACGGAGAAUGAGAGUAAGAGUGAAAGCGCAGCGACCAAACCGGAGAAGGAGCGCGAAUCCACACACUUCCCCAUGCCCAAUCCUAACCCUGCUGCUGGAUACCCGAAACUGGAGAUAAAGCGCAACGCCGUGACGGACGACUACAAGAUCUCCACUCAGGUCCUCGGUCUGGGGAUCAACGGCAAGGUGCUGGAGUGUUUUAACAAGAAAACCGGGGAGAAGUGCGCCCUGAAGAUUCUCUACGACAGCCCGAAAGCACGCCGCGAAGUGGAGUUGCACUGGCGCGUCUCCAACGGGCCGCACAUAGUGCGUAUCCUCAGCCUCUACGAAAACAUGCACCAUGGGAAAAAGUGCCUGCUCAUUAUCAUGGAAUGUAUGGAAGGAGGAGAGCUCUUCAGUAGGAUUCAGGCCAGAGGAGACCAGGCCUUUACUGAGAGAGAGGGCUCUGAGAUCAUGCGAGACAUCGGCACUGCCAUCGAGUACCUGCACAACAUGAACAUCGCACACAGAGACAUCAAGCCGGAGAACCUGCUCUACAACAACAAAGACUCCAACUGCGUCCUCAAACUCACAGACUUCGGCUUUGCGAAGGAAACCACGCUGCACAACCCCCUGCAGACGCCGUGCUACACUCCGUACUACGUCGCUCCUGAGGUUCUCGGUCCUGAGAAAUAUGACAAAUCGUGUGACAUGUGGUCUCUGGGUGUGAUCAUGUACAUCCUGUUGUGUGGCUUCCCACCGUUCUACUCCAACACGGGUCAGGCGAUUUCCCCCGGCAUGAAGCGGCGCAUCCGCAUGGGCCAGUACGAGUUUCCCAACCCCGAGUGGGCUGAAGUGUCAGAGGAAGCCAAACAGUUGAUUAACCAGCUGCUGAAGACUGACCCUAAUGAGAGGAUGACCAUCUCACAGUUCAUGAACCACCCCUGGAUCAAUCAGUCCAUGGUGGUUCCUCCAACGCCGCUGCACACCACACGCGUCCUCACUGAGGACAGAGAGCUGUGGGACGAAGUGAAGGAGGAGAUGACGAGUGCUCUUGCCACCAUGCGUGUGGACUACGACCAGGUGAAGAUUAAAGACCUGGACACAUCCAGCAACCCACUGCUCAACAAGAGAAGGAAGAAAGCUGCAGCAGCAGGAGGAAAGGCCGGAGCCACCGUCUGCAACAGCCAAUGAAGCACGAGGGAGAGACAGAAAAAAGAAGACAAAUGUACAGAUUUAGAGAUGAGUGAAGCAUGGAGAGGUGAAGGAGGAAGUGAAAGUGAGGACAGAAUGAGGACACUCCUUCACUGUAACCAGCACGUCUCACACACACACACACACACACACAUUAUCUGUGUGUGUUUGUAGAUGUUUAGAUUUGUAUUUUUACAGAUGUGUUGCUUAUAUUAUUUUUACAAUAUCUGUAGCUGACACACUUAGUUGCACAUGUGUGUUUUGUGUGUGUGUGUGUGUGUGUGUGUGUUCGGUGCAUUCAUAAGGCCUUGAGUUUAUUAAUACAGAAGCUUUCCCGAGACACUACACACCGACGGUACACUGCCAGUGUAAAGCAGUAAAGUUUAUCCUUCCUCCUCACUGCCUCCUCUUCCUCGUCGACUCAGACAAGAAGAAGAUCGACUCUAGGAGAACACACACUUCAACGGACACACUCUACUAAGAUUGAUUGUGUGUGUGUUUUGUACUUCACUGGUGGGCUGCAUCAUCAUCAUCCUCAUCAUCAUCCUCAUCAUCACAGCACAGGAUGCUCUGUUUGGAUUUGUCUUUCUCUUUUAGCUCCUUUUUUAAUCAGAAGAAAAUUUUAAUUUCAUUUUCCGUGUUUGUUAAUUUAAGACACUUACAGCAACAUUUUGUCCAAAAAAAAGAAGUUUUUUGUGAUGUUUGACGUUUCCCUUAGAGUCUUUUAUUAUGAAUUUGCUAAAUAAGAUUUGCCAGAGAGCAGCCACUGUAUUUAAGGCAACAUUGUUUUAAUAAAAAAAAAAUAAAUCACAACUGAA